ACGUUACUCCCGUUUUAAGUGCUUUCUGUUCAACCAAGUUAGCGUUGAUAACACAUUGCUGUUUAGGAUCUCGCUCACCUCCGUGUCACCAUAUCACCGUCCUAUAUGUCCAAGAAUCGGAGACCUUGAAGCAGUAACAUCACUUAGCAGCUAAGGGUUCGUCAUGACAAACUGAUCAGAUUACAACCAUCCUGACGGCUCAGAGGCCAGGACAUCCAGGGGUAGUGUGAACACACGCUUCUUUAAAUGGGAUGCAAGACCGCCUAUAAAGUUUAUCUGCGGGGAAUCACUCUGGACCGACUGUAGCUUAAACUUGUGCAUCAAUGAAUGAGGAAACCCUCGAGAGCCCACUCCAGGGCACAGAGACUGUAGCUGAAGAUGCAGAACAAAGAACAGAUACGACUAUCGGUGAGAGAGACACUGUAGAAGAUGAUGUGCGACAAAGCUCAGAGAAUAAGAGCAGCGAAACAGAGAACACUUCCGAUGCUGCACCAGAACCAUCAGAUGGUGUGAAUACAGAGGAAACCCACAGCGCUGGUCCUGCAGAAGAAAAAGCAGCAGAGGAGAAAGAGGAGGCUAAGGUUUCUGGUGGCGAGCCUCCUGUUGACUGGUUUGAGCCACUUGAAGAUGAUGACGAUGCCGAAAGCAAUGAUAGAAAUGAUCCAGAGGAAGAGAGCCUGGCAGGAGAAAGUGAAAGGAGCGAGAGUGUGGCUGGCAGUGAGAGCACCUUCAAAAAGAUCUAUCAGCUUCAAGCACCUCGUCGUAAACGAUCACACCCUGAUGAGGGAUGGGUGGACUGGCCUGGAUUGGGAGAGGGCUGGAAGCGCAAAGAGGUCGUUCGACGCUCUGGCUCCAGCAUUGGCCAGACGGAUGUGUAUUACUUAAGUCCACGUGGUGAUCGAGUGAGAAGCAGAGUAGAGCUGGCUUCAGUGCUGGAAGGACAGGACUUGUCCAACUUUGAGUAUAAGACGGGCAAGUUCUACGAUAGCGAAAACCCGCUCCCGAGAGUUCGAAACAGAAAGAGAAAGGUCCGCGAACGUUCUUCCUCAGAGUCCAGCUGGAUGGAGAGGGGAGAGGGGGCAGACACUCCUGACUCUCAUCACAGGCUCACCCCAAGCCUCGGGCCUAAAAAUGUCAACUCCAGUCAGACAAAUGUCCCUUUGAACAGUACAGUGGGAACUCCAACUCAAGGGCCUCGAAAUGAGGAUCCACCCUCCGAGGAUAAAAUCAGACUUCCCGCUCCCUCGUCAUCUCAGUCGCGUCCGCUCCCGUCCAUAAAUGGAGAGAUCGGGUCAGAGGACAGCACCCUGAUCUGUGCCAGAUGUGGCAUUUCCUUCACAGGCACGUGGUACGACAAACAAAGAAAGAGGCCCUGCUGUCCCACCUGUUGGGUUGCUUCAAAGACGAAAGAACAUCCAAUGAUUCGCUUCAGAAAGUGGAUUCCUUGCGGUCAGUGUGUGGGAUGUCAUAACACAGUCAAUUGUGGGCAGUGUGCCAAUUGCAAACAUGGGCUGCAGAGCCCCGAGUCCCGGAAACGCAUAUGCCGAAAACGCAAAUGUAUAUGUCCUAUUCGCAAGGGACCUGGAAGCGGCGGCUUCAUGCAGCAGAGGCCUUACAAUGACAUUCCUGAGACAUUUGAUGACAGCAUGAGUUUCCAGAGUGAAGUUACAGAUUCACAGCACCCCAGUCUCAAAAGCAGCGACACAGAGAACUUCUCAGUCAACGUGGAUGUUGAUGAUGAGGAUGACAUGUCGACUGAUGAUGACGAUGAUUGGCACAAAAAGCGGAAGCGGCGUUCCUGUGGAGAAUGCAAGGCCUGUCUCUGUAGGAAAGACUGCGGCACGUGUGAUUUCUGCAUAGACAAGCCCAAGUUUGGGGGCAGCAACAAGAAAGGCAGAAGUGUCGUCUACGUCAGUAUUAACUGGAGCUCGUCACCCGUGAGAGGUAGCAAACACUCUUUUGACAUGAACGUGGGAAACCACCAAUCAUCUAUGCAGUUGAAUAAUUCAGAUUUUGGAGCGCGGAAUGGGCUGUCGGACCGAGUCCCUCACAUCAGCAACCACAGCAGCCCACACCAAGACCAGCAAAACAAAUGGGAUGCAGAGAGAGCUCAAACUGGCAGAGAUGGCCCAAAGCAAGCUGCUGAAGAUGAUGAGGAUGAGUUGCCGAUGAUUACGCAGAUCUUCAGUUUGGCUGAUAACACAGUUGGGACUGGUGCAGACGCAGAAACCAGCUCAUGA